AUGCUCAAGUUCAGAUUCCCAACAACAAAACGAAACACUCAAACAACAACAACUGAACCAACUCCACUAGAACAACCAGAAGAACAACAACAACAACAACAAAACAAUAACAACAACAACAACAACAACACUCCAUCUCCAUCUCCAUCCACCUCAUCAACCAACUAUCAACAACAACAACAACUCAACAUCAACCACCCUCAACUCAUCCAAUCAACCGACUCAAUCGACCAUCCAACUACUACAAACGAAGACCACUCCCUACCCAUCAGCCUCAACAACAACAGCAACAAUGGACAGGCUCACGAAAACUUACCAAUGCUCUCAAGAAAGAUCAGGAGGAAAUCCUACGGAGGUCUAAGAGCGAUGCUGGGCAUCAACAAACAGGAUGAUCAUCACCAACAACCACCACUCCCACCACUCCCACUACCACCCUCAUCAGCCUGCUCGACCAACUUUCAACAGCUUCAACAACAGCAGCAGCUUCUCCACCGACAACAUCACAAACACAACCCUUCAUUGGACGCCUCCUCCUCAACCAGCUCACUUUCCAACAUCAACACCCAACAACAGCAACAACAACAACAACAACAGACCUCACCCUCCUCGCCGAUCCACUCAGAACCAAGACCGACGAGCUCGUCACUCAGACCGUUCCCAUUCCUCGGCGGGAUCCGCCGCAAGAGCGCUAAUGCUACUAACCUCAAAUCCUCCCCUCACCCACUCACCUCCCAUCAUACCAACGAACCCCUCCCAACUCCCUCCCAUCCUAGCCCUCCCUCCAAUCUCUCCCCCGCAUCCCCUCCUAUCAUCAACAUCAAUAUCGCACCCAAUCUCAUCCUCAAUCAGAAAUCUAAAAAUCCCAAAAUCAAGGCCACCGAUCAUUCCUCUAGAGUUUAUGCCAAUGGCUCUGCCAAGAAAGCGCAAUCGGCGGACGACCUGUCGCAGUUUGGGCUGCUACCGAAGCAACGGAUCCAACCGAGAAGAUCAGAGGAGCUGAUAGAGCACCGUCCGGGAGGCGUCUCAACAACUUCGACAUGCGCAGCGGGAGCGGGAGAUUCUCCGGUCUCGGCAGAUGGAGCCGACCGCAAAGACCCUUCGGGACUCCACAAUGGACUCGACCAGAUCGGUGAAAUCGCCGGCUCCUUGGCCGCUAUCAAUCCGCCCCCGUCUUCCUCCUCGUCUGCUACCGACGAUCGGCAACCCCCCCGUCUGUCUAAUCCUAAAGGAAUGCGUACCGUGUAUGGUGUGCCUAUCGAAGACCUUUAUUGGAGAGACGGCGACUCGUUCCCCCUUUUGGUCGAUGUACUCGUAGAGCUGAUCGAACAAAAAGGGCUUGAUCAGCAAGGUAUCUAUCGAGUCCCGGGCGAGAAACGAGUGAUCGAAAAUCUGCAAGCUUCGAUUGAUGAACGAGGUGUUCGAGGGGUAGACAUCUGGCGAGAUUCGUACCGAGAUGUGCACAAUUUAUCGGGGGCCUUGAAGCUCUUCUUGCGCGAGAUUCCGGGCGGCGUGAUCCCAUUUGAUCGUUACGAUCGGUUCUUGGCCGUCAAUGGCAUAGCCGACGAUUCCGAACGGACUUCUAAACUUCAAUCUCAUGUUAAUGAUCUACCGCUGCCCAAUAAAAUCUUGUUGCUCAAACUCGUCAAGCAUUUCGAACGGGUGGUAGAACAUGCCGAAGCAAAUAGUAUGCUAGCACAUAAUGUGGCGAUUGUGUUUGCACCUAGUCUAUUUCGAAACGGAUCCGAACAUUCGAACCCACUACUAUCGAUGCAAAAUAUUGGAAAAGCCUCAGCGAUCGUCCGACACUUUGUAUUGAAUGCGACGAAGAUAUUUGAGGAGGAGAAGCAAUCGGAGGUAUCGACGAGUAGUAGUUUGGAGGUACCCAGCCAAUCAGUGACGAGCGAAGGAUCAGAGACAACGGCGGAGAAGAGGCCAGGAGGAGGAGGAGGAGGACAGCUAAACCAAGCUCAUAAGCGUCGGUCGAUUAACAUGAACCUUAGUAGUCCUAAUCAACAACACCAUCAAUCCGCUCAAUUCAUCGGCUCCCCUCAUCUGAUCCAGAAAACUCUCAAGGACGACCUUCCCAAGACUAAACGGAACUCCAUCAGCUCUAUCCGUACCAAUCGCACCUCCACCGCCACUACUACUACUACGACGACGACGACAAAUAAUGAUGACUUGCGUAAAUCUCGACGAGGCUCAACUGCUCCCUCUGGCAAUAAGAAACUCAGUCCAGCUCCUUCUUCUUCUUCUUCAUCUAUCAAUCCAACUAGUCAAACUUCUACUACUUCUAAACGGAAUACCACUCGAACGAAUUCUGGGCUCUGUGGAACUAAGAAGACGAAUAAUAAGAGUAAUAAGAACCGACACUCCUUGACUGGCUCAAUCCUUUCUUCCUCUUCUUCUACUACUUCUACUUCUCAUCAUUCCAAUCAUCAUCUUUCUCAUCAUUAUCUUAAUCAUUCUGAGAAAUCUAAUCUUCAAAACUUUCCAUCUCAAUCCCACCCAAACCAAAACCAUCGUGACUCUGCUGCUCGGGCUUCAUCAGUGCUUCUCCCUUCUAAUUCAAAUUCAAAUUCAAAUUCUCAGGCAUUGAAUCCGCUCCAUAAUUCUACGGCCUCCUCCGCCUCCUCCUCUUCAACUACUACUAACACUAAUACUACUAUCAAUAAUACGCCGGUCACUCCUACUACUCCUCAUCCUACUUCUUUUGGCUUGAAUUCACUGACCGUUAAAAAGAAAAAAUAGGACCCCCAAC